AUGGUUCACGCCCAAGCCCCUCUCUUGUCCGAGGUGAUUCCCACGGAGCGCCAAUCCGACGAGCCUGAGGAAAUCGAGUGCAAUGAGAGCCAGAAUAAGACGAACGAAGAAGUGGAGGAGGGAGAGGAGGUAGAUGAUGAAGAUGUGCUCCCAGACAUGCCGUCUGUCUCACCCGACACCAUGUACGUCGCCGGGCAUCUCUUCCACAUCCUGCGUGGGGUACCUGAGGAGGCCCGAAGAGUGUUCACCAGAUUGGAGUAUAUUGAAAACGUAAUGGCCGAGGAUAUACCCGAACACUUGAUGGCUUACGAGUACACUCCGGAGGAAUACGAAGAGCAUGAGAGAGAGGAAAGGGAAAUGGGACCUAUCACGUAUGUGGGCUGA